AUGUCUAAGGCGAAACUCGCUGCUGCUGCCGCCGUGGGCAUUGUAACCGGUGCAGGGUCGGUCCUGCUGUAUCCCGAAUCCCGCAAAUCCAAACCUGUGUUAUUCCCCGAUCUUAUCCUAUUUUCUAACGAAGGGUCCGGCUCUGAAGACAAGGCCUUAGUCUCCAAACUAGUGGACCCUACCGGUGUCCUUAAGUACGGCUACCCUGGUUCCGUCAACGAUAAGCUUAAGGAAAUCUCGUUAUACGUAAUCGGCGAGCGCCGAAACAACUUCCGAAUAUCUAUCCGUCCGGAUGAUGACUGGACCUCUGUAUCUCCCUUAUAA